AUGCGACGACUCGCAGCCAGAUCUUUACUGGCAAAUCCACUCUUCCAAAGCCAUAGAUCCUUCUUCCGACUAUUCUCCAAUACCUCAAUCCAAAAUGACAUAACCCAAUUCACGCGCCGCCUCUUCAAACUCCCCUCCGCACCACCACCACCCUCCCAACACCACAACAGCCUCUCCCAAUUCCUCACCUACGCCACUCGAAUUUCCCUCCCAGAAACCAGCACCGUCUACGUAGGUACGCACUACGAGUACACCGUCCUCAAAAGCCUACGCCGAUACGCGCUAGCACUUCACCGCAUCGGCGGCCGCGACGAUGCCGGAAUAGACCUAGUAGGCACCUGGCACCUGCCCACACACGAGCGCUCGCGCGCCCUCCGCGUCGUAGUGCAAUGCAAAGCGCUUAAGACAAAGCUAGGCCCGAAUAUAGUGCGCGAGCUCGAAGGCACACUUCGGCAGGCACCGGUAGGCUGGCGCACGGGCCAGACAGUGGGGGUACUGGUCAGCCCGCGCGAGGCAACUAAGGGUGUGCGGGAUGCGCUUGCGCGAAGCUCGUUCCCACUUUUUUGGAUGAUGGUCGAGCGGGAUGGGACGCUAAGACAGGCACUUUGGAAUGCACGGGCGGAGCGAUUGGGGUUGGGAGCUCUGGGGAUUGAGACAAGAUAUACGUCUACCGACGGUUCGGAGCUGUUGAAGGAGGUUGCGCUUACAUGGGAUGGAUGUGAUAUUCCUGAUAUGGAUGCUGUGGAAGAUGCAUUACGUAUGCAUGAGGAGCUGUGGAUUAAAUCUUGGGGGAAAGAUUUGGAACAUGUUGAUAAGAAUGUGUUGUUGGAUACUGUUGAGAAGGUCUUUCCGGAUGGGUAUCCUGAAGGGGCGGAUGAGACUUUUGCGCAGGCACACCAGGCAAGAGUACUUGAGGCUUUGCGGAAGUGA